UAUUUUGGUGUAUUUGAAUAGAUAUACAAUGUAUUGUAGGUACGAGCUUUUGUCAAUUUUUGUAAGCCGACCCUAGUAGUAGAUGGAGCUCACCUAAAGGGCGAGUUCAAAGGUACCAUGCUACUUGCAGUUACUAAGGACGGACAAAAUCAAAUAUUACCGGUUGCAUAUGGUAUAUGCAAAAAUGAGUGUACUGAUUCUUGGACAUGGUUUUUUCAAAAACUACGUGAUUGCAUAGAAAAUAUGCAGGAGCUUACAAUUAUAUCUGAUAGGUCUCCAUCUAUAGCAACAUCCGUUGCCAACAUUUUUCCUCACGCUUAUCAUGGAAUAUGUGGUGUCCAUUUGUAUUUCAACAUAGUAUCUAGAUUCGGCAAGAGUAAGACGGUUAAAGGAAUUUUUUGGGAGGCGUGUAGGGCGUACACAGUUGAUGCUUUUGAUGCUGCCAUGGAUGUUAUGAAAAAGACAAAAGAACCAGUAUGGGAGUACUUAAAAAGUAUAAAUCCAGAAACCUGGUCAAGGGCACAUUUUAAAGGGAACCGAUACAAUCUUAUGUCGUCCAACAGUGCGGAGUCUAUAAAUGCAUUAUCUAGACACGCACGUAAGGUGCCAAUACUUAUGUUGAUUGAUUUUUUUUCGUGCUACAAUGCAACAAUGGUGGUUUCAAAGACGUAAUUUUGCAGCGGAAGCAACAACAACACUUACCCCUUGGGCGGAUGAAGUUGUAAAAGAAAACAAGAAAACUUUUACGAAAUGGGAUGUUCGCAUGAUCUCAAAUACGAAAUGCGAGGUCAAAAAGGGGGCACAAAAUGUGAUUGUUGAUUUUCAACAUAUGACAUGUACAUGUAGGCAUUGGCAACUUGAUGGGAUACCUUGUGGUCAUGUCAUAAGAUGUUUAACAGUGAACAAUUACCAAGACUGCUCGAGGUUUGCAUUAAAUGCUUACCUUACCGAAACACUGAGGAAAACAUAUGCGGAAUCAAUAAACCCUCUGCCGAAGCCAUCCGAAUGGGAGAUCCCCGAUGAUUUGAUGAUUGUUAAGCCACCUAUAAUGGAUAAACGUCAGCCAGGCAGGCCAAGAAACACAGACCGCAUUCCAUCCCAAGGCGAGGGUCCAAUUAUAAAAGAGUGUUCUACAUGUGGUCAACUAGGACACACGAGAAAUAAUUGUACUGGAAGGGCGUCUGGUAGCAGAGCAGGUCACAUAAUUUCUACUCCAGAAAUGGCAUAUAAUAUUGGUGGUUCAGCGGGUUGCUCCCAAACCCAUAACGCUGAUUUUGAUAUAAAACAACCUUGAAAUUAAGAGUAAUGACGAGUUGUUAGCUUAUUAUGUAUUGUAAUAUUUUUAUUAACUCUUACAAGACAUUGCUAUGUUUUCAUAUUUUAGUUAAGUUGUUGAUUAUAACAAUGAAUGAAG